AUGGCGGCUCCCUACGCGUCCUACCCCGUCCAUUUGGCAUUCACGCCUCCGCAAUUCGGUAACCAACAAGCCUUCCCCGCAUCUUCGGCGCGCUUCUUUCAGGAAAGUCCCGUGCCUCAGGUAAUUCCGGAGCAGUGGCCCAUGACCACUUUACACACAACUGAGCAGCUUCCGUCGUCUCCGCAACCUGACGGCAAGCAAAAGAAACGCCGUCGCAACCGAAAGCACAGGAGCGAGUCGGUCGGCCAGCUUCUAGCGCCACAGGACGACGACGGAAACUGCAGCAGCGCCGCUUCUGUCAGCCCUAGGAGACUCCGGAAUACCCGUCACAGCGCACAGUCGACGCGGUGGGCGGUAGAGUCUCAGAGCAGCGAGCCCUACGAGGAGAAGCCGCCAAAGCAUGCCUCGAGGAGCUGUUCCCUCUAUCCCUUGGCGCUCCUAGCGGUCCUGGGGAUCGUCGUCGUUUUUGGCUCCGCGGGCAAAGUGCUCAAGGUCAUAUCCGAAGAGUUUCCCCCGGGAGGGGCCAUCGCCAACCGCCUCGCAGUCCCCACUCCUGCAAAGGCCAUUUUGCGAUCUCGGCCGUCUACGACGCCACGCAGCGAGUGCACAUCGGAGUCGUGCCAAUGGCAAAGCCGGUACCUGCAUGCCAAACUCAACUACUCCGUCUCGCCGUGUAAAGAUUUCUACUCACAUGUCUGUUCGAAUGAAUGGUUUCGGAACGCUGACGUCAGCUUGCAGCCGUACGCGUACGCAGCGUCCACCUCUACCAUGUUGGGUCUCUGGGACAUGUUGAAGAAUCAGCCGGUGGACUCCGGAAAAACUCGAACAUCGUUCGUAAGCGAGGCAUCACUGUUCAUGCAACGCUGUGAGCCCGGUUCUAAAAAAGACACCGACUGGAAAGUAUUUCGCAGAAUACUGGCUGACAUGGGAAUGGACGAGUGGCCGCACGGUGACUCCGUCUCGGAUUCCGAGGCUCACAAGGUAGCAGCUAAAGCUGAGAAGAUGCUUGGUUUUUCAACUUUGGUAAGCAUGUCUCUCAGAGAGCGGCCAACAACUCACGAAAUCAUGCUUCAUGUCAACUCGCCGCCAAUACUGCUCAGGCUGUACAAGGACGCCUUUCCUGGAAAAGACAUUAAAGCAUACGGCGAAUUCAUGUUCGAAGUCUUAUCCUUGUGGAACCCUGCCGGCCACGACAUAUUGCCAAGCGUUCUGGCGAUCAUGGACUUGGAAGAAAGAAUGAGUAUCGCGGCCUCUCACUCCGCUCGCAGUGUUCCAGUGUUGCACGUGACGCUCCCCGUAGCCAAGAUAAGGUCAUACCCUCACUGGAAUUGGCAAUCCUACUUCCAACACUUCCUCGACGGAAACCUGGGCCACCAUUCCAAGGGAAAAAUUGCUCUCCUCGACCCAGUGUACUUCAACCACUUGACUAGCCUCCUGUCCCACGUGACGGCCCGCACUGUGCUAAACUAUGUGGGUUACAAGCUGGUCGUCUUCCUUUCUCCACUUCUUCCUACCAACAAGGCUGACUUCAUGGUCCCUCUCAGCUACAACCAUCACCUAGCCAGUGGCGUCUCGAAGCGACUCCAGGCGUGCAUGUUCCUCCUGGAGCGACUCUACCCUCUCGCCACUAGAGCACUGGUGUGGUCUCACAUUCUGAAGAAAGCCCCUUCUCUUUUGUCCGGCGACCUCGCCGAUGAGUUACAAAACAUGGAGCACCUGGCGCGCAACGAAAUGAAGCAGGCUGCCACCCACACGUCCUGGUUGACGCAGGAAGAGGCAUCUGUGGCUGUUCUUAAGAUCGAACGCAUGAAGCUGGUUCUAGCACCCAGGAACCGAGACGACGCCCUCCAUCAAGUUGACGUCGAUUCACAUCUUCAAGAGAACGUGAGCUUCAUCGAAGCUGUCUACAACUCGCAGCGGAACCUGCGCGCGAAGUACUGGCGCAGCGACAACCUCAGCCUCUUCCACGAACCGGUGACAGCGAUGGACAGCGCAUUCGUUCCCGGAUUCGUUUACGAACCUGACCUCAACGAACUGUCCGUGUCUCCGGUCACCGUCAACUUCAUCCUGGGAAUCUCGCCACGCCCAGACACAGCGUCCGUGCCGUACUUUCUGGGCGAGCUGCUGCGCGGCAUGUUCUCGGCUAUGAGCAUUCGCGGUUCGACCAUCGACGCUGACGGUGACCUUCGCCACUGGUGGACUUCCACGACGGAGGACCGUUUCGUCGAGAGAGCGAAGUGCCUCCAGAACAGCUUCGCCGAGGAAACCAGGCUGUACAUCCAGGAGGAACUGCGCGACAAGUUCGUCUUCAUGGAAGAGAACGUCCAAGACGGAGCUGUUCUGCGCCCUUUGUACAACAUCCAUCGGUGGUUGGUCAAGAACAGCGGGAAAAGCGCUCCCAUUCCUGGCCAACCCAAGGGCCUCAAUACCAGCAAGCUGUUCUUCAUCAACUGGGCGUCCACGUUCUGCGAGCCGGAGCAGCCGCAAGGCGUGGCGAGAGACCGCCUCCAUUUUAAGAUAUCGGUGCCACCCAGGACUCGGCUGAACGUUGCCGUGUCAAGAUUUGCGCCGUUCUCGGCGGUAUUCAAGUGCCCCGUAGGGUCAGAGAUGAACCCAGCGAAGGCAUGCUCCUUUUGGUAG